UCUUCCUUCCACCACUGCCCACUGCCUCGUAUUAGGAUAUCGUUUCUUAGUUAAUAUAUAGUUGAUUAAUUUCCAUCUCCAACUCCAACUACUACUAUUAUUAGAAAAAUAUGGCUCUAACUGGCAAGCUAGAGGUUGAAAUGGAGAUCAAUUCACCUGCGGAUAAAUUCUAUAACAUCUUCAGGAGGCAAGCACACCACAUUCCUAAUAUCUGCUCAGAUAAAGUACACCAAAUUGAUGUACAUGAAGGUGACUGGGAGACUCCAGGCUCCGUCAAGAACUGGGGUUAUACUCUUGGAGGGACUUCUAUGAGCCUUAAAGAGACUGUGGAAUCAGUAGAUGAUGAAAACAAGUUAAUCACUUUCAAGGUUGUGGAAGGAGAGAUCAUGAACCAUUUCAAGUGCUUCAAGUCCAACUUGCAAGUAAAAGCAAAGGUGAAUGAGGAUGGUUUGGAAUCGAGAGAUCAUGAAUGAUUUCCCUACUUUAGAGUCAAUAAUUAAGUGGAAUGUGAGAAGGUGAAUGAGGAUGGCCCGGAUCCAAUGCUCACUAAACUAUUGAAGAUCACCUUCCUGAGGCAUAAUUCCAUUACUUUUCAUCGACGCUGCGAUGCUAUAAAAGAAUAUUAUAAAAAUGCAAGGGUAAUGAAAUAUUGUAACAGCCUUUGCCGUAUUGAA